UCUCAUUUUCCGCCUACAUAUUUUUCUCGACUCCCAAAGACCCGCCACGAAAAUUACGCUGUGAUACAUUUUGACUAAAUAGCGAGAGUAAACUUCACUUCACAGGGACGAAGAUGACCGGAGAAGAGAUAUCGGGCCCUGCUGGUCCAAAGGUUCUCCGUCUCCUCUAUUUCGUGGGCGCCGGAUUUAUCUGCACUGCGGCAAUCAACAAGUGGCGAGAACUGGAGCGGAAGUCUCUGCAGAAGAAACAGCAAGAGAGCAAUAUAUUGACGGAGAGCUCGGCCAAUGCGGUACAAAAAGCAGUCAAAUGAUAAAUCUUGUUAUAAAAUUUCGAAUUUUUAUGGUAAUAAUGUUGAAUUUGAUUCAUUUUCACAUUUUAAUUGUGUAUUUUGAGUGAUUUUUAUAGUGUAUACCUUUUAGAGAUGUUAGGGUUUAUGGAGCUUUCAAUUUAGUCAUCAUGCUUUGUUGUAAUUUUAAUCAAUAAGUUUCUGGUUACGAUUUCCCCAAAUUUUAUUCUUGAUAAGCUCCUUAAAUCCGUCUAAAUUACUAUAAUACUUCACUGGUUAAAUUUGAUACCACAAAAUUCUUUGCUUUUUUUCUUAUUUGGUAUACAAAUGCUUAAAUUUGGAAUUGAAUUUGAACUUGGUAGACCAUCACAUAUUGAUUUGUUUGGAUAUCAUAUUUGACUUAAGAUUUGGAAUCGAAUUGUUAUCCCAGGAAGUUAUUUACUUGAUUAUUCAUUGAAGACUUGCCAUGCACCACUGUCAACAUAUAGAAUCAGGGAAACUGUGACUACUUCUGGAAACUUGGAUUUCUAAUUGGUGAAAAGAAAAGAGUUUUCUAGAAAAAUUCAUUUGUCACAACUUAACCAAUAAUAAACACACUUUAGAUUUGCAAUUGAAUUGUUUGUUCAAGGAGUUAGUUACUUGAUUAUUCAUUGAAGACUUGUUAUGCACCACUGGCAACAUAGACGUCAGAAUAGAUUUUGUCUUCAAUUUUUUGGUAAUGAAGUAUUAAAUUUUACUGUGAUUAUCACAAACUUGAGUUUGCUUAAAAUAUUUGGGAUGCUUUCAUUGGCACCAGAAAGAAUCAUAGUUUCCUUUCUUAACCAAACAUCCUUUGUUUGGUGGUCAUGUGUAAGAAAGCAUUGUGUCCACCUAUAAAAGGAUGACACUUAUGGACUGAUUUAUUUUUCAGUGAGUCAAUCGAUCAUUUCCUUAAUGAACUAGGAGGGCUUUUCCUAUACAAAGAAUGGACCUACCACUAUAUCUUGUCUAGCUCAGUGCUUACUUUGCUUUUGCUUUUGGUUUACUCACUGGAGGCCAUGGUAAGGUAAAAACCUGGUGGCAGUGCAGAGCAAAGAUGGAAGCGGGAUGAUUGUAGUGGAGCAGAGGAGGAAUUGUCUGUUGACAUCAAGUAAUACCAGAAUAAUUGAAUGAUUUGGCAUUAUACAUUAUGCACUGUUAUUCCCUAAGAUGUGGGCAAUUCUUGGUAGCCCGUUAUUCCAUGUAUUAGAUUCUUAAUUUUAUUUUACUUAAUAUUCUAUAGUAGUUGGACUAUUACUUUUAUGUACGAAAUAUGAUAGAAAAAAAAAUAAAGUUUUAUCAUUUUGUUGUGUUUGACCUCA